GUGUGGUGCGCAACUGUUCAUGUGUAUUACUCUGUUGUACUUUGACUUUCAUUACCAUUAGAUAUAAUGAUUGAAAAAUAGAUCGGAAGAACUGAAUUGCUGGCAGAAGUUUCCAGAGAACACAGGUACAGUAGUGUUGUACUGUACUACUAAGAUGACUUUUGUAAGGUGUAAUAGUCACAAUUAGACUGUAAACUAUGAAUUAAUAGUUUAAUUACAAAGUUAUUCCUAGACUAUUCGGGCUAACUACUGGAAAGUUAAAGAUCUUCACUCAUCAACUUUCAUAGUAAUUCAGUAAAAUCAUUGAAUUACAAUGGAGACAAGUUCAAAGGCAGAACGGCCUGGUCGUCCGGUUGGAAUCCAUCAACUAAAACGCAGAGUGAAUAUGUGGGACCCUAGUCAAUUUCAAGUAACGGAGAAAACCACCUAUGUUGAUGAGAAGAAGGCAGACGAGGAUCCUAAUCAUGUAUAUAGUAACUGGCACCUAUUACCAGACCUCCUCCUGGAGAGAGUAUUCCAAUAUCUCACAAUUCAGAAACGAUUUGAUGCAUCACAGGUAUGUAUGACCUGGAGAAGAGCAUUCUACUUUCCAAGAGUAUGGUACACAUUUCUCCUCCAUGAUGAACUUCUUACAAAAAGAAAAUUCAACUACUACUCUGGAUGGCAGAAACUACUCGACCAUUUCCGAGCCACAAUCUUCCUCAACAAGAAAGGAAAACACAUAAGAACUCUAAUAUUUCAACCUAUGAGCAAUCUCUUUAACCUAUAUGAAUUUUUGAAUAUUUCAUUUUACUUGAAUCUUAAAGACCCAAGCAUACUAGAAAAUGUUCAUACACUAAGAUUUCAUUUUUCUUGUCAUGUGGCAGAGAGAUCAGAGGAAGUUGUGUUUGGAACUGGAGGGCUCAUGUUAUCCAUGUUUAAGCGUGUCCUUGGAAUACUCUCAGGACUCAAAACACUUGAGUUAAGAGAUCUACUGCUAGAAGGAGCUGAUGGCUUUGAAUUACUAGAGGAUGUAUGUACAACUUGCUGUGAAACUCUUCAGACUCUCAUCUUAAUCAACAUCACCAAACAUGGACAGACAUUACUGCAUCCAGGAGUGUUCAUCAAUAUCAAGAAAUUAGUUAUUUCUCCACAGAAUCUUAGUGAGGAUCUUCUUGAACUGUUAGGGGAUACAACUCUACGAAAUCUUCUCAUAGUUCAGAAUAAGUAUACAGAACAUGGACGAGCUCUUUGCUAUAAAGUUUGGAAAAAGUGCCGGAAACAAAAUCCUAAGCUUAGAGUUCAUCUUUGCACAGAAGGAAAUACAAAAACGGAAAUAAUUUGGCAACAGUGUGCUCCAGUCAAGAGUAUUGUUUAUGAUUCACCCAACACAAGAGUUACCACACCACUGAUGAUUGCAAUCAUUACAUUGUACAAGCAUGACCUGGAGGUUUUUGCCAGCACACAAUUACCCAGGUUCUACAUGCCAAGAUCCUUUCAUGAUAGAAUUGACUCAGCUCUACUAUUAUUGGUCAGACAAUGCCCAUACAUACAUACAUUGGCUGUUCGUGAAAAGGUGUCAACAGCAACUGUCCUCCUGUUAACUUAUUCUGCAAAGAAUCUUCAUUUCUUCUACAUUCGCAGAAAUGCUAUUCUACUCAAGGCAGAUUGGCCCAUGAAUCCAGAUUGGACACCAGAGUUUUAUACAUGGCUGUGCAAGAGUGCACAAUCUUAUGAGGCAAUGGAACAAGAAGUUUCACAGAUUUUAGGAUACAGAUGGCAGGCUCUCACUGACAAGCAAUAUAAGAAUUUGAAGAUUGAUCUUGAAAAGCCUACUUAUAUGUAUUCAUGAGAAGCUGAAAUAUCAGUUAUAAUAUGUACAGGUCCUGUACUAAUUAUUUGUUUUUGAGAAAGUGCAGAACAGUACUGUAUGGAAUUACCUAUGCAAGGUAUCUUUGUUCAUUUAACUCAUUUUAUACCCAAUAUUAAUCUUAACACAUUCUUAAGAUAUCCAGCAAUUGUAUACAGGGGGUCCCCGGGUUAUGAACGGGUUCCAUUCCUAAAGACAUUCUUAAGUCAGACUUAAGUCUGUACAUAAGUCAGAACACAUACUAUGUGCAUACCGUUCUUACAGAACAAAGUUUAAAAUCCCACUACAGUGGGGUAUGCUAUAACGAAUCUAAUUGGUUCUAGAACCUUGUUCGUUAUAGCAUUCGUUUGUUAUAGGAUUAAUCCGUUCCAGGCCCCCAAAUACAACCACUU